AUGAAUACAUUAGCUGCUCUUGUUUUGCUCUUCACUAUAUCAUAUGCUCAGGACUGUGGCCCUGGCUGGGUACUACGUGCUGGCACCAACUUUUGCUACCGUUUUGAAACCUCUACUUUUAAAAACUGGACUAAUGCCAGGGACGCCUGCGUUUCUUUUGGAGGGAAUUUAAUUACCAUAUCAAGCGCCGAAGAGCAAGCAUACUUAACAGGCCAAUUAAGUAACUUUACACGGGAGAUCUGGAUUGGUUUGAGUGAUGACCUAAGAGAAGGAGCCUGGCGAUGGGCGGACAGGUCCUGUGUGACCUACACCAACUGGAAUCCACUCUCUAGUGAGCCCAACUAUUGGAAUAUGGGCAGUGAUUGUGCCACCAUGCUGCCCUAUGCCCUGUACGGACAUAAAUGGAACGACGACAGGUGCUACAACGAAUAUCCGUUUAUCUGCCGUAAAAGACUAGAUGCCCUACCGUCCACAACAACUACAUUUCCACCUACUGCAACUAACCCACCAACUACUACAACUACACCAAUGACUACCACAACCACUCGAGCUACCACCACUACCACACGUGCAACUACAACCACUACACCCACCACGACUGCAAGGCCAACUACAACAACUACACCACCAACUACAACAACUACACCAACUACCACCACCGCCAGACCUACAACUACAACACCACUAACUACCACUACUGCUCCAUCUACCACCACUACCACACCAACAACUACAACAACUAAACCAACAACUACCAUAACUAUUACACCUAGAGUGGCAACCACCACUGCUAGAAAAACCACAACCACAAGAAAAACAACAACCACCACUAAAACAACCACCACGAAAAAAUGGAGAGACACAAGAAGAGACAGACACCACGGCUUUGAUAAACUGAGAAAAAAGUACAUGAAGCACAGCGGAGAGAUGUUUUCGCAUCAGUAA